AUGCCUACCCGAACUUCGAAGACCCGCAAGCACCGCGGUAACGUCUCCCAUGGAAAGGGUCGUGUAGGAAAGCACCGCAAGCAUCCCGGUGGUCGUGGUCUGGCCGGUGGUCAGCACCACCACCGUACCAACAUGGACAAGUACCACCCCGGUUACUUCGGUAAGGUUGGUAUGCGAUACUUCCACAAGCAGCAGAGCCACUUCUGGAAGCCCGUCAUCAACCUGGACAAGCUGUGGUCACUCGUCCCCGUCGAGACCCGUGAGGCCUACGUCUCCGGCGAGAAGAAGGACACCGUCCCCGUUCUCGAUCUCCUCCCCCUCGGCUACUCCAAGCUGCUCGGCAAGGGCCGCCUCCCCGAAAUCCCCCUGGUUGUCCGCGCACGAUGGGUCAGCAAGCUCGCUGAGCAGAAGAUCAAGGAGGCUGGUGGUGUUGUUGAGCUGGUGGCGUAA